AUAUCCACGGGAACUGAAAUAAGCGCACUGUGACGUGUUUUGUGUGUCUAUUACGCGAGAAAAAGACGGGGAGCCGUUGUUCCGUUCGCGCUCACAUACGAGGCAAGCACAGACGACGAGAAAAAGCAGCACAGUGAUCGGUGUUUGUGAUCUUUCUUUUAGGUGUAACCACCAGCGGCCGGCGGUUGAACGCCGACAGUGCCGUGUGACAGUGAGAACGCGUUUGAACGCGUGCGUGUGGCGCGUGUCUCUCCUAUCCGACGCCGAAGCGUUCGUCCCAGGGAGUCCCGAGUGUGCGAAUGUGAGGCAGACUUUGUAUACGCGUGCCCGCGAAAGUGAGGGAGAGAUAGAGAGUCCGCUCGCUCUGUGUGCACUGUGCAUGCACGCGAGAUGUUCCCGAGUAUGAGCGUGCGAGUGAGCGCGCGCGUUGCGUGUGAGUGCUAAAAAGAGAAAGGGAGGGAGAAAGAAAGAAAGACAGAGAGAGAGAGAGAGAGAGAGAAAGAAAGAGAGGGAGAGAGAGAAAGACCGAGAGAGAUUGAAAGAGAGAGAGAGAGAAAAGGAACGCUAACGCGUGGAUGUGUGCGUCCGUGUGCGUGCGAGCAAUUCCUCCCGUGCAUCCUUCUUUCCCUCGCUGGUGUUGUAUCACUGGCGGGUAAAACGAGAGGUUGAGGUGACGUACGAACGGACGUACUUGCGUGUACGGAUAUGUCGGAACAUCACCGCGUGGCGGGUGGCUGGGGCACCGCAAGCCCGGGUAAUCGAGAGGAUGCCUCCGGCGGUGCCGCCUGGUGGCCUUCGGGUUUGAACGCCGUUUCGACCGAACAGCAGCAGCAGCAGCAGCAGCAGCAGCAGCAACAGCAGCAACAGCAACAAAAUAUACAUCAACAUCUAAUGAAUCAGCAGCAACAGCAACAACAGCAACAACAACAACAACUUGCUCAGCAGCAGCAGCAACAACAGCCGCAGCACCAUCCGGACAUCGUCCGUAGUACCGCUGCCGCCGUGAAUCAACAGCUCUUUUCCUACAAAAUGGCCUCCAGCUUCCAGAAUCCGGCGACCACCGGCACAGCGUCGAGUCCAAUCUCGACGUCCUCGCCGGUCGGCGGCGGCGCCGCAUGCAUGAGAGGUGGCUACGAUUACAGGCUCGGUACAGCGCCAGGACCUGGACAAGGCGCCGCCACCGCUGGCGGUGGUGGUGCGGGUACCGGCGGUGGCGGCGGCGGCGCCGCCGGCACACCUUCCGCACCGCCCGGUGUACAGUGGUGGUAUUCAGGGGCAGUCAUGGACGCCGCCGCUCAGAACAACCUGCAUCAGCAAUUGCAGGGUCAACAACAGCAACAGCAGCAGCAGCAACAACAUCUUUCUCCAAUUACCACGCAAACGUCCACGCCUCCCGUUAUGUCCCCGAUCUCACAUCCGCACGUAGGUCAACUAGAUUUCCGAUUAUUUCUACAGCACCAAAUACAGCAACUACCGCAAAACAAUCUUCAACAAAAUAACGCUCAGAGCUUGCAGCGAGACAAUAUGCCGAGAGGAAAAGAUUCGAAGCCAAGAGGACGGAUGACAGCGUAUGCGUUCUUCGUCCAGACAUGUCGUCAGGAACACAAAAAGAAGCAUCCCGAAGAGAAGAUCGUCUUCCGGGAGUUCUCCAAAAAAUGCGCAUUGAGGUGGAAGACUAUGUCAGACAUAGAAAAGAAGCGUUUCCACGAAAUGGCAGAAAAAGAUAAGAAGAGAUACGACGCGGAGAUGCAGAACUACACGCCGCCUAAGGGGGAAAAUAAGGGCAGAGGCAAGAAACGCAAACACAUCAAGGAUCACAAUGCUCCCAAGAGAUCGCUGUCCGCUUUCUUCUGGUUCUGCAACGAUGAACGCGGCAAGGUGAAAAUGUUGAAUCCCGAAUAUGGCGUAGGCGAUAUAGCUAAGGAAUUAGGCAAGAAAUGGUCGGACGCAGAUCCCGAAACCAAAUCGAAAUACGAGGCUAUGGCGGAGAAGGACAAAGCUCGAUAUGAAAGGGAAAUGACGGCGUACAAAAAGAAAAUGCAAAAUGACGGUGCACCGGUGGUCGGGGGAGCGCCGGCGAAUCAAACUGUAAAAAGCGACAGUGAAGAGGAAUAUAGGGAAGACGACGAAUAGCGGAUGCACGUCGAAAUUUCUUCAUCUAUCACCCCGUGUCCUUCAUCCUGAAAGCAUACCUCACCUACUGUACGUACCAUUGACCUUAGCGUGAGCGUACUUACACCACCAUUUACUAGAACAAAGUAACUAACCACCAAGCAACCAACCAACAAACCAAGCUCUCCAACAAUUCCCACCAAUCUCCUAAUUUUUUUUUUUCCCGAUUAUUUACGAUAAUGAUAAAGUUAUCCGCGCUAAUUACGAUAAUUAUUUUAAAAGGAAAAACUGGUAUGUGUGAGUGCUGCGCGAGCGUGAACGACAGAGCGAGAGAGGAUUAUUGUGUGCGUGAACAUUUGUACUUUAACAUAUUGAUAGUAAGGAUGAUGUAAAGUGGCUAGUAGGAUAGCGGAAGAAAGAAAAAAAAAAAGAAAACAGAAUUAUGACAAAAAAGCAUAAAGCGGGAAGAGAUAGAUAAGAAGCAGGCAGGGUUGCCCACACUUUCUCUAUUCAAACGGAAGGCGCAGGGGCUCAAUCAUUGUUGACUUUGCUCUGUCGACGCUAUGUUGCGAGCUACGUAGUUUAGUUUACUAGUGACGAAACACCGCGAUAAUUGAUUGUUCCGUAGCGAGGAUCGUAGAGACGAUUGUCAUCUCGCUGAGUUUUUGAAAUUUCUUCCGCACGCAAAAGUUAUUCUUUUCUUUUUCUCUGUCGUUCGUCUCACCGUCUCGGAAAUCGAAUUCUCGGCGAUAUCUCAUCGCUCUCUCGGAUCCUCGUUCUCGAGAGGGACUGGUCGCGUUGCGUUGUUACAAAAUUAAUAUUGUAUUGUAUUUCGGGGAUUUUUUUUGAGUUCAGUUUCAGUUGGGUUGAGUUUUAUUCAGUUCAGUUCAGUUCAGUUCAGUUCGGUUCAGUUCAGUUUAAUUCAAUUCAAUCAUCGCCGGCGUUGUUGUGACACAACGCAUACGCUCAUACUUGACAACACAUGAACACACACACACACACACAACCACACACACAAAAACACACAGGCUAUCAUUGUAUAUCCUUGUACAGAGAGCUUCGUUUCUUCUUUCGUAUAUUUUUAGCGAAUCGAUCAUAUUGAGAACGUGUGCCGGGGGCAUGGGGCCGCUUUACGCAUAUUUGCGAAUAUAUAAUUGAUUUGAUCAUGUUUCUCGUAGUAGUUAUAAGUACGUUUAGAAUUAAGUGUACGUGUAUCUUGUAAUGCAGAAUUUUGAAUUCUCUGCGACUCUAUGUUUUUUUAGCGUGCGAUGUACUUUUUUCCGACACACUACAGCGCUGUUAUGAGCUACGAGCCACCACCAGUGAUUGAGCCUUAAUUAUAUAGCCGAUGAGCCAUCGCUCGAUGCAAUGAAUUGAAUCGAGAGAGAAACUGCGUGCCAGAGAGGAAAAAGGAGGAGAGAAAGAAUGUGUGUGCGUGUGCAUGUAGCUCGCAACUUCUAUUAGAUCGUUGCAUAUGAGAUGUCGCUCUUUUGAAAAGUAAUCAUAUUUUAAUAAUCAAGUAUCAUGUAUCGUGUUGAUCCUUUUACGAAAGUAUGCUUUAGUUUUUGCGGAGCGUUUGCGCUUUCCUCAAUUUAUAAAAGAAAAUUUUUUAGGGCAAAAAAAAAUUUAAUACGUUUAUUUUUUUGGUUUUAAACUUGGAUAUUAUAUUAAUAUUAAUUAUUACGAUUAAUUAUUUAAUUCUAUUAUAUAAUACAAUAAUAUUUGUCACUCAUCUUUGAAAUUAUCGUAAUGAAAUUAUCAUUAGUAUGCAUCCUUUCCAACAUCUCCACAGCUCCUCGUAGGACAAUGGGAUACGAUUCCAAUUACGAUAUGUCUAAUCAGUAUGUCAAUUGACCAUCAAUUUGCACAACUGUCGGCCCAAAUUUUGCGAAGAGAAGUUAAAUAUAAAAUUAGUUGUACAAAUCAAUUUGCGGUAGAAAUUCUACACUUUGAAAGAGUCGCGUAGUAACACGGAGGGGAAUUAAUCCUUUGCAGUUCACGUACUUUUUGCGCCUGUUAGAAAUAACGUCGGAAACUUCUAGAUGAUGUUAGGUAAAUUAUAAUACGGUAUUAUCUCAUUAAUUCAUUUUUAUCAGUGAUUUGAAAACAAUGUUAUCGGUUGCUUGCCGCCGGAGCAGAACGUCUUUAAGCAUUACGCCAGCAAUACUGACAAUUGGAGCGAGAGGUUGAUAUAAUACAAAGGAUUUAAUAUUUUUUGAAGUUUUUAUAGUUCAUUGAAACGAUCAUAGCUUUUUAUUUUGAGAAGAUUAGUCGCAAUUUUAUUUUGACGAUACGUACUGGGUUGUGUAAUAAGUAAUUUUACACUUUUUUAAAUCAAUUUGUCUACUUCUUUUUGUUAAGCAAAACGCAAUUUUAUUAAAAAUGAAGAUUAAACAUUCGCUUAUCGAAGUUAUCGCAUUUCGCCCGUAUUAUGAUUUUUUUUCAUUGGGCGUAAAAAACAAUACACUUUAUUACACAACCCGGUGGAGAGAAAUUAUACGAUAUAUAUUUCGUUUCUCCGGAAACUGUUUGGAAAUUAUUUAUGCAAAAUCGACAUUUCAUAUGCAAGGGCCUAAAAUAUUGAAUCAAAAUUAGUAGCACGAUAUUCCAGCGUCAUGAAACAGCAAGUAUCGCGCCGAGUGCUUACUUACAAAACGACGAUUGUUAUACUCAUGUAAUUGAGAUUCCAUUUUCACCGUAAACACUCGUACUGUCGGCAGUUCGUCCCCACAGUCUUAUAUCAUUUUUGAACAAUCUUGUAACUUUAUUUCUGUUAAAAUGUUUCUACAAAUCGGUCAUAACGCGAACGUACUAAGCGUCUUACUGUUCAUUUUAUUGAUGUGCACAAAAUUAGUUUUUUUACGAACUUGACUUGGACAGCAAAAUCACGUUUGUUUCUUUCUUUUUUUUUUUUUCUUUUUUGCUUUAAUGUCGCUUUAAUGCAUCGCAAAGAACGACGUUUUGUACUUUGUUCUCUAUCGACUCUCUCUCUCUUUCCCUCUCUCUUUCUCUCUUUUUCUUUCCCUGUUUUUUUUCAAGUCCGAUGUUAAAAUGGUCCCUACCCCUUGCCAUCGCCAUUCUUCCUUCCACAUUCGUUUUUAAUUCACUAAAGAAGACAAAAAAAAGUAGUAAAAUACGUUUGAAUCUCUCGUCUCAAGACCCACGCGAAUAAUAUAAUAUAAUCACCGUUUGACUUCGUUGAAUCAUGUUAUUGAGAGUCGAAUUAAAUAGGAAAUAAGCUCUCCAAGAAGAAGGGCGUUUCUCUCUGUCUUGUACUGCCUCGAGCCAUCUGGUGUACAGCACAGGUUGUAUUAUAAUAAAUUAUUGUGGUUU